CACAACUCUAUCUUCUUCAUUUGGAUGUACUAUUCCUGAGUCUUCGAAGCCCAUAUCCUGUACUUCUGGUUUGUACAGUCAAGAUGGAGAACCCUAUGGAGUCAGAGGAGAAGAAGCAAUCACCUUACAGUUCCGCCAAUAAGAAUCCCACACCCGAGGUCUUGAUCAAUGCAUCGGGGCAUCGUCAGGAGCUCGAGCGGAACUUUCGUCUUAUCAAUAUCUGUGGCCUUGGAAUCACAUCUGGGAAUACCUGGAUAGCGCUUGGUGGCAGCAUUGUAGUUGCAAUUUAUAAUGGCGGACCACCUGGAGUGAUCUAUGAGCUAAUUGCGGCUUCAGUAGCAUAUUGGUUCAUAGCCGCCUCUAUCGCAGAGCUCGCUUCAGCAAUGCCUUCUUCCGGAGGAGUAUACCACUGGGCGUCUGUCACAGCAGGGAAACACGGGCGUGUAUGCGGCUUCUUCGCUGGCUGGUGGAACUUUCUAGCUUGGAUUCUCGCUAUUGCCGCAACUGGUCAAAUCGUUGGUGCACAGACUGUGUCCAUGUAUGCUCUGUUCCAUCCAGAUUUUACGACUCAACGUUGGCAGGUCUUCGUCGUGUAUCUGAUCUAUAUUUGGGGAGGGUGUCUUAUUACGCUGUACUUGAAUAGAGCGUUGCCGGCGCUUGAGGCUGUUGGUGGAUUCUUGGUUGUUGCUGGUGUGGUUAUUACUAUUAUUGUUUGUGCUGUUAUGCCACAUGUUAACGAGCAGCCUUAUGGAACGAAUGAUUUUGUUUGGAAGGAGUGGCAGAAUGCAACGGGGUAUGGGAGCAAUGGAUUUGUGUUUUGCUUGGGAAUGUUGAAUGGGGCUUUUGCAGUGGGAACUCCGGAUAUAAUUUCUCACAUGGCUGAGGAAGUCCCAAAACCAAGUCAAAACAUACCAAAAGCGAUCUUAGCCCAAUUCAUCAUCGGCUUCUCCAGCGCGCUACUUUACCUCAUCGCUUUAUUCUACAGCAUCUCAGAUCUUGACGCAAUUCUAGACUCAGCUUAUCUCUUCCCGCUUACAGAGAUAUACUAUCAAUCUACCGGCUCAAAGGGAGGCUCUCUUGGUCUUCUCAUUCUUUCGUUCCUCCCUGGUCUAAUCGCUCUCAUCGGUUGUUACCUGACUGCUAGCCGUGUAUUCUGGACCUUAGCUAGAGACAACGCUACGCCUUUCGCUUCAACGUUUGGACAUGUCAAUCACAAGCACCGGAAUCCAUUCAACAGCAUCAUUCUCUGUGGUGUCAUCUGCACCAUUCUAGGAUGUAUCUACGUCGGCAACCAAACCGCGUUCUCUGCGUUCGUCGGCUCAUUCGUUGUCCUUUCAACUUUAUCAUAUCUUGGAGCUAUCCUUCCUCAUCUCCUUUCCAGAAGAGCGAAUAUUAAGCCAGGCUGGUUCUGGAUGAAAGGUAUCACCGGAUAUGUGGUUAAUGCAGUGGCUUGCUUGUAUAUCAUGGCUUUUGUGGUUAUUUUCUGCUUCCCGUUUGCGAUGCCGGUGGAUGCUGAGAGUAUGAAUUACACGGUGUUGAUCACGGGUGGGUUGACGGUGUUUGUUGGCGUAUGGUGGGUGGUUGUGAGGAGUAGGGGAACUUAUGUUGGGCCUAGAUUUGUGGAGUUGGGGAGGGAAGCUUUGGCCGAGGAGGUUAUGUAAUUUGGGUGAAGUGAUUACUUGGAAAUAUACU